AUGCUCAAAAAUCCCGGCGGCUUAGCGACUCUGCCUCUGGUCACAUCACUGAGCCUCGAGAUGCACCUCUUGCCCCCGCCCGUGCGCACAUCCUUUAACCAGUGGAGAGCUUCAAACCCUGGUCGCGAGCUCCUCUACUACUCGGAUGCAACGAUGCGGGAUUACGUCUUGGCCAAGUGCGAGGCGAUUGGACCGCCGACAUGCCGGGUGGAGGCGUUCGCGCUGCUCCAAUCUGGUGCAGCACGCGCCGAUUUCUUCCGCAUGGUGCGGCUCGCCUGUGACGGUGGCAUCUGGUUUGACGCCGACAUGGCACCGAGCAACAUGAGCCGGUGCAUGCGCACGCCAUCGGCGAAGCAGCAAACAAGGAAGAUGCCAGGAAUGCCGUACUCGGCCACGUUCUUCCGCUUUGCAAACACCGUGUACCCACGGUAUGACCUCAUGGCAGCAAAUCCUGGCCACCCCAUUAUCCGUGCGACGCUGCGCCAGAUUUGCGAGAAGGUACUUGCACUCAACGCGUCUGGCUUGAACGGCACGGGCCUCGUGAGGCUCCAGCCAUCUAGCAGCAGGCUGAUGGGCAUCACGGGCCCACACGUGCUGCAGUGCGUCAUCUGCAACCACUCGCUUGACACGGCGGGCCGGCCGUUUGUGAAGAGGAGCAAAAGCCUCUGCUCUUACGGCCACGGAAACACUGCCUCAGGCCGGCACUUGGAAGGCAACUUGCACGGCUCAAGCCGCUUUGGCGACUUCAAAGGAGCUCUGCGAGUAGGCUCGGGCGUGGUGGAUGGUGUGGAGCCGAAAGCUAGCUUUCUCUUUACAGCAUGCCCAGCGGUGAAGCAGAUCAACUUUUUGAAAUCGAAGAUUUGGCGAGGCCUGCACUUGGCGAACUGGCGCCACGUCAACGGUGGGCUGCGGCGGCAGUGA